AUGGCUCGAAAUAAUAGGAUAUUAAAAGAAAUAAAUACCUUUAAAUUAUGGUAAUUCUCUGAUAUUAAAAUUGGGCUUAUUGAUUAAAAAGACAUAAAAAAUUUAUGGGCUAGUAUAGAAGGGCCAUAAGAGACACCUUAUUAAGAUGGGCUGUUUAAUUUAAGUUUUUAAUAUCCAUAUGAAUACCCCUUUAAAGCCCCAAAAAUAAUGUUCAAGACUCCAAUUUAUCAUCCAAACAUUAAUUAAUUAGGAGAAAUUUCUCUUGAUAUCCUCUUUGAGAAUUGGAACCCAGCUCUUUCUAUUUCAACAAGUAUUCGAAUGCCUAAAUUUAGUUUUAUUGAGUAUUUAAUCAAUCUUAGAUUCUCCAUUUCUGGAUAAUCCAAUUGAACCAGAAAUAGCAUGGAUAUAUUAAAAUGAUAGAAGCCUAUACAAUAAAACAGUUAGAAUGUGGGUUAAAAAGUAUGCUUAAUGA